UUUUAUCCAGUUGUUGGAUGGUUAAAAUCUAUCAGAACCGAUAAAUCAUUGAGCUGUGAAGAUGUUCCUGAUACCAAAUUAGAAGAUGUUACCUUCCUGUUAGAAGGAUUUAACUCUGACGCUGGCAAUUCUCUUCUUAAGCUCAAAGAAGCCGGAUUUUUCGACUCCUAUUCGGAAUUGGAAGAUACUCUAAAAUCUAUUACACCCUCAUUUGACGCUACACUUGAUGGCUCCUCCUACUUCAUUCCAUCGUCACUAGGUCUCAAGCCAUCCUCAACUGGGUCCCAAUUUCGAAUGGACGAUUCCGAGAGGGCGCUCAGUUUUGUAAAUACCAACACCUAUCUCACUGAUGGGGGCAUAUUUGUGGGCUUGCCGUUAAGAAGAAGGAAAGGACAGGUGUGUAUAACAAAGUCAUUGAAGCAAGCAGCGGUCUUUGCUCUCAUGGACUCGCUUGUUAUGGCCGCGCGUCUCCUAUUUGUCAAGGGUAUCAAUAAGGAAUUCUGGCGCAUUCUAACAGGGUGGUAUCGGUGUGGUUCGAUUACCUAUUCAUGCCCAUUUCGUGAGUUUUUCCCUUUGGAGAAGCCGAGUGUAGUGGGUAUUGUUUUCGUUGGUGUUCGCAGUCCCUACGCUAAACUCUUAAAUCAUAAAAUUUGCGUCGAACUCGCCUCGGAGAUAACAGUCUUACGCGUCAAUGGUAAUCUCACCCGAUCUGAUUGGCUAAUGCAACGAUUAGCUGACACCCUAAACCUACCCGUGGAGCGAUCUUCAACCUCUGAAACAUGCUGCCUGGGUGCCGCUAUUGCUGCUGGUAUUGGAGCAGGGAUUUGGAAAACCUAUGGCGAUGCAGUUAAACUACUGCAGGCUUCGAAGACCCGUUUUGAACCCAUUCCGCCCUCCGUUUUGAGAAUGAGGAGGCGAUACCUUUAUUGGACCGGUGCUUGCGCAAAAGUCAUUGCGGCCCACAAUUCCAGAUCUAUAGAAUUGGGUGAAGUAAUUUCCCUAAAUGAUCUUGUCUCUUUGGCUCUAUGA